AUGGCGUGGGUCUCUUGGGACGACAUGACGCAAACAAAGUCUAAUGGUGGCCUAGGUUUCAGAGACUUCCAAAGCUUUAACAAUGCUUACCUAGCUAAGCUAAGUUGGAGACUGUUGAACAAUCCAAACAGCUUGCUCGCUCAGACUCUCUUCGGCAAAUAUUGCAAGGAUGAAGAAUUUUUACAAUGCCCGGGUAAUUAUUCAGAAUCCCAUGGAUGGAGAGGAAUCCUAAUAGGAAGAGAUCUUUUAUUGGAGAACAUGGGAUGGCUAGUUGGAGAUGGGAAAGCUAUCAAGGCGUGGCACGAUCCGUGGCUUAGUCUUACGAACCAAGUGCGACCUAUGGGACCAGCACUAGAGUGGUGUUCAUAUAUCUUAGUGUCGGACCUUUUGGAUCCUGACACUCGGGAAUGGAACAGAGACCUCAUCAGACUGAUCUUCCCCUCCUUAGAAACCACGAUACUGAGUAUGAAGCCAAGCCAUCUAGGAGCCUCUGACAAAUUGAAAUGGCUCCAUACAAAAGAUGGAGAAUUUUCUACCAAGACAGGGUACAGCACCGCUCUGGAAGCACGAUCCAAGGACUCCGAUAGACCAAGACCAUCAGUUAACUGGAACAGAGGAGUUUGGAACCUUAAGACCGCCCCCAAAGUUCAACACGUUAUCUGGAAAGCCUUGAAAGGUGCUUUACCAGUAGGCGAGAAGUUACUUGCGCGACAAGUACCAAUAGAUUCAUUGUGCAAGCGCUGCGGUAAACUCGAAUCUAUUAACCAUCUCCUAUUUCACUGUGAAUUUGCGGAGAAGGUCUGGAAACAGGCUCCAUUCCUGCAACAUCUGGACCAGAGAGGAUUACUAUAUUUGGAAACGGAUUGGAUGGGUUUGGUUGAGUUAACGUGUCUCCGACCAGUGGGGAUCGUCGCAACUCAGCUAGCCCCCUGGCUCAUCUGGUCGCUAUGGACAUCACGUAACAACAUGAUCUUCAACAACAAGAUCGUGACAAUUGAGGAAGUUAUAUCCCGGGCAAUCUCCUCAACAAAGGAGUGGAAAAAUGCGCAGGGCCAAGAUGAACCGAAGAAGCCUUCUCAACGCAAGAUAGAAGACGUACCACACUACGAUACAGUUCUUCAAACAGAUGCAGCAUGGACUGAGACAACAGGAACCACUGGACUGAGCUGGGCUAUCAAAACCGCAAGAGGAACUCAGAGAUUCUCAAACUCUACUACCUUUGUCACAUCACCACUGAUGGCCGAAAGUUUAGCAAUGAGGGAAGCGAUCAAGAAGAGCAAGGAGCUGGGGAUCCGGCGUUUACGGUGCGAAUCAGACUCUUCACAGCUGAUUAAAGCACUCAGUUCAUCUUUUGAACCUCUGGAGAUUUAUGGCAUAAUUUCUGAUAUUAGAAUUGAGGCUAGCUCUUUUGAUGUUAUUUCUUUUUGUUGGAUUCCUCGAGAGAGGAAUGUGGAUGGUGAUUCCCUAGCAAAAGCGGCGUUACGCCAUGUAACAAUUGACUCGUUCAGUUAA